AUGGAAUGCCUUGCUUUUGUUAAUAUUUCCCUUCGUAAUAAUAAGAUUUGUGCUAUUUCAGGAUAUAUAAACCACUCAGAACAAUGUAAAACAUCUCAACCACAAUGUGACCCACCAUAUAAGCUUCUACCAUAUAUUAAAAAAAAUGUUGAAACUCUAUUGAAUCUAAAUGUAAGCACUGCGGAUAUUCUUGCUCAGAAUGCCAAAAUGGUGAAAAAUGUAUUUGAAAAACAGACCUUAAUUGGAAAUUCAAGAACAUUACUUACUGCAAUGGAUAUUACAAAUAUUAAAGGGCAAAUGCUUCAAAAAAAUUGGUGUAUAAAUAUUAAAAACGAUCCUGCAAAAAAUUUAGAGCAGUUUCUUGGACCAGACGUGAAUCCAUCAGAACUUAAAAAAGCAUGUCUACAUUACCAACCCUAUACAAAAGAAACUGGCUGUCUAGAAAUUAUUAUUAGUACUCAUAAGCAACAGGAGUUUGCGUGGAAGUAUGGACAUCAGAAUCUUAUCCUUAUGAAUGGAACGUUUGGAAUUAGCAAGAAUAAACUUCUCUUAUUCAUUAUCAUGGUUAUCGAUGAAAAUAACAAAGGCAUCCUUAUCUCAUUCAUUAUCUUUACACCACCUCCACAAAAUCGACUAACAUCAUCUGGCUAUGAUAGCAGUAUUUUGGAAUGGCUUCUUACAAUCUUUCGUGAUAGAAUUAGUACAAUUUACAAUCAAAACCAUCUCACAGAAAACCCAAAUACUACUGCAAUUACAUUUAGUCCUCUUGUUGCAAUGACUGAUACAGAUGUUAAAGAACGAAAGUCAUUGUUAAGAGAAGCUUGGACAAUAGAUAGUAAUGAGAAUGUAGUACGCAGGUUUAUUAAAGAAAAAAAAAAUUCGUUAGAAACUAUUAUAUGUAAGUCAGAAGACUUUUCAAAUGAUACAAAAAAAAUUUUGGAUGGUGGAGCAAGAUUUUUUACUUAUCUAGAAAAGCAUCAAAAAAAGGCCGCAAAAUUACUUGGAAUUUCUUUCGAAAAGCUUCCUACUACAAAUAACCAUCUUGAAGGAUUAAAUGAAUACCUAAAAAAUAAUCAAAUAAGUCGAUUUCAAAGAAAUAAUCGUCUCCUCAGAGCAGAUAUACUUUACACUCAAGAGUUUUUCCAAGUGGCUUACCUGGCUUCAAGUCCAAAACGUGAUGAAUCAGCAAAGAAAUUGCUUCAAACCAAAAAAGUAAUCAAGUAUGAAAUAGAACAAAUAACAGGAAAAAUUUUUGUUCAAGUUGAAUCCGAAACUACACCACACCUUGUCUAUACUACUUGUGUAUAUGGUCAGCCUACGGAUAUUUGUUGCCAAUGUAUUGAUUUCCUUCAAAGAGGAAUUAUGUGUAAGCAUCUACGUGCUGCAACUCUUUAUAUAGAUGAACUUCGUCAACAAGAACAACAUGCACAUCUACCUGAAUUGACUUUUGCAACUUAUCAAGAAGCACAAAGUAUUAGUCGUAACCUAUGUACAAACCAACAAGAAAUACCAAUAAACUUUCUAAUAUCGACUUCAAGAAGUCUGCAAGCACUGCAAGAAAAUUUAAAAGUUUUGGAACAUUUGAGUCAGUUUAAACAGCCAUUAACACAAGAAGUUCCAGAACAAAUGAGUACUAAUAAUCAAUGUAUUUUAUUAAAUCAUUUUCAUAAUAUCGUUACCUCAGAAUCCUUUAGAAAUGCACAACAAUUGGUGGACGUCAUGCAUGAGAAUGUAAAUUCUCAAAAGCGCAAAGCUCCCAUUACUAGCCUUCUUCCACUUGAACAAGAAACGAAAAAACGUCGGCACCCAACUUACAAAAGCUAUUAA